AUGACGAUCCCUUUGUUCCAAGAACAGCUGUUCCCAGCACGACCCACAAAGCGAUCCAAAAUGAGCGAAACUGAAUCAAGAGAAGAUAACGUUUUCAUGGCCAAGCUUGCUGAACAAGCUGAAAGAUAUGAUGAAAUGGUCCAAAGCAUGAAGAAGGUUGCCCAAUUGGAUGUUGAAUUGACUGUUGAGGAAAGAAACCUCUUGUCUGUGGCAUACAAAAACGUUAUUGGUUCCAGACGUGCUUCCUGGAGAAUCAUCAACUCCAUUGAGCAAAAGGAGGAAAGCAAGGGAAAUUUACAUCACGUUGAAAAGAUCAAGAAAUACAGAGGCAAGGUUGAAAAGGAAUUAACCGAUAUCUGUAAUGAUAUUUUGUCAAUCUUGGAUCAACAUUUGAUCCCAUCUAGCCAAUCUGACGAAUCAAAAGUUUUCCACUACAAGAUGAAGGGUGAUUAUCACAGAUAUCUUGCUGAAUUCACUACUGGUGACUCCAGAAAGGAAGCAGCCAACAAUUCUUUGGAGGCCUACAACACUGCAACAAAGAUUGCAAAGGAACUCCAAACAACUCACCCAAUUCGUUUAGGUUUGGCCCUCAACUUUUCUGUUUUCUAUUAUGAAAUUUUGAACUCACCUCAAAGUGCUUGCCAAUUGGCAAAGAAGGCCUUUGAUGAUGCUAUUGCUGAAUUGGAUAGUCUCACUGAGGAAUCAUACAAGGAUUCUACUCUCAUUCUUCAAUUGUUGAGAGAUAACUUGACUUUGUGGACUUCUGAUAUGCAAGAGGAGAAGAAUGACGGUUCUAAAGUGGAAGACGUUGAAGGAGAUGACCAAUAA